AUGAAUAAAAGCAAACCAAAAAGCAAAAAGAAAAAAGGUAUCAAGGACAAAGACAGUCAGACGAAGAAGCUAUCAAAUGAGGAGGUAGAAGUUUUAGUCAAAACACAAAGGGAGGAACUGCUCAGGGCAGUUCAACGGAAGCGCUUGCUGGAGAGCAAAUUGGAAGAAAAGAAAAAUGAAUUGGAGCGCUUCAAAAAGGAGUACCACGAAUUGCAAAGCAAAAUAGACUUCCUCAGUGAGGGCUGCGAAAAGUAUGGACAAAAGACCGAGGAAGAACCAAAGGUGAUUAAGAACAAAUCAGUGUUUUACAAUUAUCAAAAUGCAGAGGAGUUAAAAAAGCUGGACAAGGAAAAGGAAGAUAUAAAAAUGAUGAUUGGGGAGAAACAUGAAAAGACGAUGAAUAACUUGGUGAACUUUAUAGAUCAGCAACGAGUCAACUUGGAUCAUGUGAAAAACAGAAACUUCGAGGAAAUAGACCACCUGAAUGCGGCCUUCGAUUUGAAACUAAAGCACAUGGAGAAACUAUUCAAAACAUACUUGGAAGAAUACGAACACGACAUGAAAGAGGAAAUGGAUGAAAUGAUUGAUAAUUACAACAUAAUCGAAAGGAACGAAAUAAUUUAUUUAAACAACCUAUACAAUGAUCACAUUAACAGCAUUAAUGAAAUCCAUGUCGAUAUGCUUCAAAAAUGUAAAAAUUAUUAUAUAGAACAAAUCAGGGAAAAUAUUGGUAAAAUAAAAUCACUCAAGAGCAAUAUUAACGAGUUGGACGAGCGGGACAGGGAAAUAAAAAACGAACUCAGCGUCCACAGUAGCCAAAAUUUGGACAUGACGGAGAAAAUAGGCACCUUGGAGGUUAAGAGGGAAAACCUCAACAAGGACCUGAAAUUUUACUCCAAGGACUUUGUAAUCUUCAAAAACUUGGAGCUUAUUUAUAACGAAAGCAAUAUGUACAUAAAAAAUUUAAGAGAGUUUGCUCAAAACUCGAAUGAAAAAAUUUCUCAAGUGGAGGAGGCGUUUGAGGAACUUUCACAAGGGGAUGACCAAAAUGGGGAUGCUUAUUUUGAAGAAAUAAAAAAUAAAAAUAGGCUAUUAAAAAAAAUGGUGCAAGACAUUGACCUCGACAUGGACGCAGUGAACAAGGAAUUAACUUCCUACAUAAACAGCCAUCAUGUGCGGGAUAACGAUGUGCAGAAGGUGCGGCAAGGAAUAAACUUUUGCAUGCAAACUUACAACAAAGAGUUUGACAAUCUGCUGUACACGGAAAAGCGGGUGAAAAAAAAAAUCAAAGACACUUCCAAUGUGUACGAGAAAAAAUUGCGCGACAUAAAUGUGAAGCAGGGCGGUUAG